AUGUCUUCUUCCUCUCCAGAGCUCGCAACUCCUCUCGAUGACGAACACGUCCAUUUGACCCAUGCCGCUAGUUACAACCACCUUCCGGACCUAGCGGCCACCGAGGCCGGCCGGCCUGGUCUGCGGAGGACGUUCUCCGACCUAAAUCACCCUGUUCAGACGGAGUCGCCGUCAAAAGAGGAUGUGGCUGCUGGCAAAGACAUCUUACGACGGACCUCGCUUCGGUCUAAGAACAAACCAACUAUCGCUGUUUCUCGCUUUACCGUAUCGACAGAGGAUGUGUCGGAUCCUGCUGGCCCAGAAACCUCAGUUCCUCCUGCCAAGGUUCCGGAAACAAGGGCACCGUCCCCCGUUGCUCGCCCCUCCAAAGCCCGCUCCAUGUCCGGCAGGCUGGUCAGUUUGGCUCGAAAACCCUGGACGUCGAGCUCCCCGCCUUCUGGGAAAAGCUCCCGGCUCCGUUCUCUACGUACAGAGGAACAAACCCUAAAUCCGCCGACAACCUCACCCAAGGCGAACGGCCAAGCAGAUACUGGGAGUGCGGAAUCUGAGCCUACUACCCCCGCUCGCAGGCGGACAAUCUUACAGAAACGACCACGACGCCCGCUGGUCGCGGUUGUGACGCAAAGUCGAGCAGAUAGUCCCAGUACUCCCAGUAGUUCUUCACCUCAAUCACUGGUGGCCAAGAAUUCGCUGGAAAAACUCACUGCAACCCUUAAUGUCACAACGCCAGUCCUACCACCGGUGCCUAAAGCACCGGCAACUACGAAUCCAGCCGGAACUGUGGACGUGCCGCGAAAAAAGGAUGACCUCUGGGGUGUUUUCCGGGGCCUCGAGGCUGACUUUCAGAAGUUUCAGGCAAAGUCCAGCGCUUUGAAAGCCAACGUCAUCCGGUCCGCGCUUUUGCCGUUUUUGAACCGAAACCAGUCGCAUCAAUCCUGUAGACAUCUGAGGCCUGAAGACCUAGAUCGUCGGGUCAAUAUACUCAACAAAUGGUGGACGGGGCUAUUAGAGAUGCUAAACGGCAAGAACAACCAGUCCAUAUCCGGGACGGAUAGGCCAGUAUACUUGGAAGCAAUCGUUGGCAUUAUGACACGACCCGAAUGGAGGGUUCCUUUUCCGCUUCCUCCGUCGCACAGCAAUUUCCCAAAACCUCUCAAACAUGCGUCAACUUCUAUAUCGGAGAGUUCGGAUGGUUCGUCAGGCUCCGACUUUCUCCUCGACUCUAUUCAUCACAACAUAAGGAAUAUUUUCACGCAGAAUUUGCUGUCUCAGAUGUCGUUUGUGGUUGAAAGGAUGUCCAUGCGACAUGCGCCCGCCAGCUUAGUUGCAUUCUGUGGCAAGGCCUGUGCGUAUGCAUUCUUCUUCUGUCCUGGCGUUGCCGAUAUCCUUGUGCGGCUGUGGAAUACACCUCCUAGCAUUUUCCGGCGCGUACUUUGCCAGUCAAACCUCGACAAAGGUAGUGGUACGAAAGCCUUGACACAGGACCUUGCCUCCAACUUUCCAGCAGCCUUACGGACGCUUGCUUUUCAUGCCCAUACGGCUCUGGUGCGAUACCUUCGGCAGAAGCCUGACGUACCCUUGAGCACUGUUCAGAUCCCUUGGCAGAGCCCGUGGGUUUCGCGAUGGAGUGGCCGGGAUACCGAUCUUUUUUUCGUUUUUGUCAAGUACAUUCACGUCCUGUACGCUGAUGCUCUACCGCCAGAUCUUGACAAGGCGAAGCGGAUCCUGGCACCAGGCUUGCUGCCGAUUCACUCGCAGCUCCUAGUUGUUCUUGAGGAUACUCUUUAUAAGCAAUCGGUUCCGCAAAUGCCGGAAACCAAUCACACGGCUGCUGCGGUCACGUUCGAUGAUUUUAUAGAAGGAACCGAUGCGGCUGUCUCGGCGCUCCCCCUGGGGGCAGCGAAUAGCCAUCGUUUGAUGGCUGAGAAUCGCUUGAUUAUCCUGCUUCGGGAUUUUCUCUCAGAAUCUUCGCUUGAGCCGAACCACGCAAGGUUGCUGUAUGCGGAAUCAUUUUGUACCAUCAUGAGAGCAGCUGCGGAGAGGACGUCGCUGUUCGACCAUAAUGCUUGUUUCCUACUGUGUGAUUUUGUGGAGGAGGUUAUCCCCAUCAUCACACGAUAUUCUCAUUCUAUGGAGAAUGACUUGUUCGACUGGAAAUUCUGGCUGCAAGUCUGCCGUCAAAUGAUGCAAAGUCACAAUUCUCUCACUGAAGUCCGGGUGUUCUCAUUUCUCUUUGCCAUCUGGAGCACGUGGACUGCUUCAGAGGAGAGGAAGGCCAAUCUUUGCUUAGAAUUCCUCCUAGAAGAGUCGAUUUUUUACCACUACUUCAGUCAUUGGAGUCCAAUGGUCCGCGCCUACUUUCAUCGUUUAUUAUGUUGGAGACUGGGGAGGUUCAACGAUGAGCCUACGUCUCUUGACACUACGAUAUACGAGACGCUCUGGAACCGACUCCAGCGCUCUUGGAAAUACUAUCUUGCUUUCCAGGCAAAAGCUGAUGAAGAACUCACCACACCGCUUUCUUCUGCACCGUGCACGCCAGCACCAGGCCGGAGGAUUAUCAUUAUCAGGUGUGAUAAUCAGCUGUCGCCAUCGAACUUCUUUGUGUCAUUCGACCGUGUUGUUCCUCCGGCUCCACCGGAGAAAACAUCCGCUUUCUCCAGUAGCAAUGCUGCUGCGAAAGUGGAAUCGUUGGAGCACCAACCCGCACCUAAACGGAAAUGGAGUAUCCUCAAAGCCAUGUUUGGUGGCUCUUCUAGCUCAAAGUCUAACGGUGAGGCGUCGUCUUCUAGCAGCUCUGACGAGUCAGAUUCUGCCAGCUCUGAAAAUCCAGCGUCAGCAGACAAAGGCUUGGACGGUAAUUGGCGGCCCCAGAACCAAUCUGGGGAGCUGAGUCGGCCCAAGACUGCACACCAGCCCUACUCGUUCAAAUUCUCGCUAGAGUGGAUGGAUCGGCCUCAAUGGCCUAGCAAGAACAAGCGUCUCUACACUCCUUGUCUUCCCGUGGGAUCGCAGCUGCACUUGCAGCUCCGAAAAUCCCUGAUCAAGCGGGAUGACUGUGAGACGUCAUCCGAAUACGUUUCGGCGGCGGAGGGAGAAGACGACGAUGAGAGUUAUGACCCUCAAGGUGCACCCGAAUCAGACGAACAAGACGCCCGAACAGACGACACAGAGUCGGAAAAGCAGUCCAAUGAUCUUGACAUUAGUCUUGCGAUGAGUGACAAACUCGCAGCCAGUAAAUACGCAGGUAGAGCUCUUGCGGAAUGGGCACAGAUUGUAUCCGAAUGUGAUAGCUUCUUCGCCCGGAGGCGCGACGAAGGCGUGCCCUGCGAUCGCAUGGUUGAAACGCCAACGCUGGGAGUUGAGAGUUUCCGCAAGUAA